AUACAGAAAAAAAUGGUAGUGGAAGUGCAUUACUUUUGUUUAUGGUGAAAAAUUAUAAUUUUCAUUUUAUUAAUCAAUGCAUUUGUGAAUAAAAACCACAAUAUUCUUCAGUUUAUUUUCGGAACUUCAUCUUGAACGCAAAUUCUGUGAGCCUAGGGUGUAUUGAAGUGGAAAUUUUUGCAUCUAUUAAAACCAGCCACACAAGUGUCUGGUUGAGUUCCGUGGCUCCGCUAUUAAGAGCUGGGUGGAUUGUUUUGUAGACGCUGGCAGCAUCAAAAGUGACGAUUUCGCAGUGUUGUGAACUGAAAGGAAUUUAAAGAGCCACUGAAGUGCGACCGAAUCGACGGCCAGCUUCGGAACAAACAACGAAAUAUGGUGUUAAAUGUUAAGUGAACGAACUCAGAAUUAAACCAUUCCAACCUUGAACCGUAUAUCGUAUCCACUGAAUGGAACCUGCUCUAACGACACGACGACGAACACAGUGCGAACAGUGAGUGAACACUUAUCGAGGAAGCAACAGGCCGCCACCACUGCCAGCGCUGGUACAAGGGCAUUGGGUGGUAGUAUUCGGUGCUACUACGACAUCGUUACGAUGGGAUCGCGAAAUCGGGUGCCGUCCCAGCAGAUUCGGGACGACUUUCUGCUGGAGACCAACUUUGACGACGACGGAACACUAACCCGGGCUUACAACACCCUGAACAACAACGGCAACCACGGAGGGAACCAGAACGGACAACAACCUCAGCUGCGGGCCCCAAGCAGACGAAGCCUCAAUUAUCGGUCCAACUUAUCAGUGGAUCGGUACUCCGAUAACACCAUACACGGGAAGCGGUCGAAAGGAGACUGUUGCAAAUCAUGCCUGACCCGAAUACCGUACGCUACGCUCAUAGCGACGGUCAUGUGCCUUAUCGGGGUGGCCAUCUUUUGCGGUACGAUGUACCGGGGUACGUCGCUUGCCAUCAUCAUGCUCGACCAGGUCUUUCAUCUGCGACUAUUGUGGAUUGAAGCAGUUCAGAUGAUAUUCGUUGUAAUCGGUGCCUCGAUGGCCGCCCUCGGACUAAUGAUCCUGUUUGUUGGUUUUCUGGCAACGGGCGCCACCCGGUAUAAGGUUUAUCGGGCGUGGGGCUCCCGUGUCGGUGGACGCAUUUCUUGUGCUGUUUUCAUGGGCAUCACCUACGUGCUGAAGAUCGUUUGGAUUGUGAUUCUGUGCUUCCUGAGCAUCGUGACGUUCGUGUUUACGAUCUUUUGGAAUAUGUGCGAGAACCCAAAUGUGCAGUCGCAUCGUAACUGCAUUGACUUGACACAAUUUUAUUUCAUGUUCCCCGCUGGAGUUAAGCAAGAAGACAUGAACAUUUGCGAACAGAGCAAGGUUAAGGCCUUCUGUAAGGAUGGCGUUGAGAAGUGCGAGAUAAUGUUCAUCCUGGCCACGGUCAGCUGCCUGCUGAUCAUCCUUAGUUUGGUGCACUACUUGAUGUGCCUGGCGGCUAACUAUGCGCACAUUCGCGAUCACGAGAAAUUCCAGGAGCUGCAGGAGAUUCAAAAUCUGACCGAAAUGGAAUACACGGCAUCCUCCAAAGAUCGGUUCUAGGAUACGGCCCAGGAGAUUUAUGUUGAGCACAGCGCCUGAUGAUGGCCGUCAUCGAUGGGCGGCACUAUACGAGCAGCUUACGUUUGAGUUUACGUAAUUUUCUGCGAAGUUAGGAACUUGAGUUGUUCUUCUCCUGGUUCUAUUUUUCGCCAUUCGUCGUGGUAAGUCUUUAUACUAGGUUUAAGUUGUUUUUGGAUCGUACUUUCUUGUUUGAAAUUUAGAGACAGUGUCCAACCUGCAUAAGUUAAUCCGUCCGUUACGUACAACUGUAACACCUUUAGCAAUCGCAAUCAUUCCAUUCUUUAGACUGGACCUGCUCAAUAUAGGUACUCCUGGAAUCGCUAGAAGGUAUAACGAUCAAAAUGCAAUUUCUUUUACAAAACUGAAAACGAACAAUCUUAAGAAUAGAACACAUAUUGCACAAAUAGCAGUACUCAAAUCCCAGAAGAGAAGAUAGACAUGAUACAAGGCUGACAAUAAAAAAAAUGAUCGUAAUCAUUAUUUCCUCUGGUUAGCGUAACAGCCCGAGCAAAAAAAAAUAAAAGCAGAAGUUUCUCAUUCGGGGCAUGACUAAAUGUUAAAAAAGUGUCUCACCCAUCUACUACAACUAAAAACAUAUCUGCUCUUAACACGACCAAACUGACCCCGUUGAAUACUAGCCCAAAUUAGUCUACAUAGCAUCUGAAAAAAUCCGGACCUCUCUGACACACCGUGUGAUAAUCGUAGAAAUCGCAAUAGAGUAGCAGAUAAACGAGAAGUGAAAAAACUUUAUUUUUGUAGUUUGACCAUCCAUAAACUUAUGGAACGUAUUUUUGCUAUCAACCCAUUCUCUAGUGACUUCUUAGUCCGCUAUCCAACCCAAGAUCAGAUCGUUCGCAAUGUGAAGGAAUAUUUUAUGGAAAGAUCUCACCAGUUUCGGUGAUCCCUUACAGAAGUAGUAAAACAAGAGACAUAGAUAGUAGCAUUAGAUAGAGGAAUCACAUCACACUUAAAUUUGCCUGUACAUUAAUUGGCUUCAAUUCUGCAUACUUUUGUGAACGUAUUUUUAAGCCACUGAAUCAAUCGUUGAAAGUGUUCGUACAAUCCAUCAGCAAAUCAUAAUCGUAAAACUCAACUUCAUGAUCAUUACUUAUUGUCUAUAAUCGCAUUUAUUGUUCGUAACCCAUUCAUAUUUGUCCAAGUGACGCAAACGUAUUAUCAUUAUCCAUUAAUCUAAACAAACUUUCUAUCAGUAUUCAUUAAAUAGAAUAAAAUCAUUCAGUCAUUCUUAACGCAUCAUUCAUCAUGCAAUUAUCGUUAUGACGAAAUUUGUUUUCCAGGGUCCCUGACCCCUAUUUCUUAACAUAAGCGUUUGUGAAUCGUUCGUUCAAUCGUAUCUCUGUUAGUUGUUAAUACUUUCCUAUUGCCCUCGUCAUACCAUGCUUAUGUCUCCCAAAACAUGCCAAUCUUUAUGAGCUAGAAGUUUGCUUUUUCAUGCUAGAAUUGGAAGUUUUUAUCUCUAUCGCUUACCCAUUAAUCACCUAAUAAUCCCUAUUUGUCACAUCCCUACAACUGUAAUUGUAAUAUCCCAAGUUCGAAUGAGUUUCAAUACAUAUGAGGAAAAACGAUGAGGAAGAAAAGUGCUAAACCGAAAGGCAUGAGUAUGAAUCGCCUACGGCGACGUUUUGAUAUAGGAUAGUUUUUGAUCCACACAUUGUAUUUGGAGGCAAAAAGUAUUGCAAGAUGAUAAUAAAAAGGACAUUUUUAAUGAUUAGGAGCCUUUUGGUUCCAAUGAAGCGAA